AUGACAGUUCUUGUAAUGCUAGAACCCAGCCAUCAACUUUUCUAUUCGCCUAUUCUAAUGAUUUUUCGUCGGAUACCGUAUUGGAUGCAUGGAAUUCAUUUUCAAGGAAUUUACGAUCGUUGCAAGUACAGUACUCCUGGUAUGGAAAUUAUCAGCUCCUUCCCAUUGUAUGACUAUCGCUAUCCAGUCUACGCUGCAACUAUUCAAGUAUCUGGAAGUGGGACGAAAACUCUUCCAGAUUUUCAUUCUCCUGUAUCAGAUAUCUAUUGGAUCGCUAUCACUUAUCAGGGUCAUUUACCAAUCAACUCAUUCCGAAAUCUCACAUUGCGUUGGACCAACCCUGAAGAUUCUGAAAGUUGGUCAGACAAUUUGCACGAUGUUGCCGAGUUGGACGGUGGAAACUUUGAAGGUAGCUACUCAGAUUUCAGUGCGGUCAACUACAGUAUGACCUUGGCUUACAAUUAUUCUGGUCAGGAUGUGGAAGCCUUACAGAUUCGGAUUUAUAGCCAGACAUCAUCUGACAACUGGCUGCCAUGCAGUGAUUGA